AUGCACACCACUGGAAAGCUCACCCGCAUCAUCUACUCUGGAUUCCCCACGCUAAACGGCACUCUUCUGGAGCAACGAGACCAAGCCAAGAGCCAAUAUGACCACAUUCGCAAACGAAUCAUGUUGGAACCACGCGGUCACUACGACAUGUACGGUGCGAUCAUUAUUCCAGAGACGGAGCUUGUCCAAUCAGGCGAGGCGCACAUCGGCACUCUGUUCACGCAUAACGGUGGAUUCUCAACAAUGUGUGGCCAUGCAACGAUCGCCCUCGGGCGCUUCCUUGUUGACACCCACGACUUGACGGUCUUCCCGCAGCGAAAUGAAUUAAGGCCUGAUUUGACGGCGUGUGAGGUUUAA